AUGCUUGGCCUGCACGAGCUUGCAGAGCCCUACAAGCCCAAGGCAGGAAAGUCGGCGAGCGACCCAAAUGAUGAUCUUGAUGAUUGUGUGUCCAUGGACGCAAAGACUGCUCAAGGCCCCCUAAAGGUCCAGAACAUCUACAACCUGUGCCCCAUUAGCUGCCUCAACAGCCAGAAGCAGACCAAUCUUUCUGGCUGGCUCCGCAUGGACAUCAAGCCAGCGGAUGGUGCCGGCGUAAAGGUUGCAAUGGUCUCGCUGGACUUGGUUGAGAAAGUUCUCGCCAAAGGUAAUGCUUUGCGUCCGUUUCGCGAGAACUUGUCCACGUUGACGGAGCCUGGUGGCCAUGAGGGCUUCGAAGCUUUUGGUCGAAGUCGAUGGUUGGAAGAGGGAGGUGUACGAUUGGUGAUUUGGCUGAUUGCUUGCGGAACGCAGCGGCGACAUUAUGCCCCAAGGGAGACCCUCGUCGAGGAGGAUGACCUGGGCGAGAUCGCGGAUUGGCUGAUUGCCAUCAACAGUGGCAAGGCUGAUGUGGAGAAGCUGAGCUACAACGGUGAAGAGGCAGUGCCGCAGACAAUCGGCUCUUUGAGUGAGGGCGCCGUCAUGGGCGACGUCUGCUUCUUGCAUGGCGGGGUCCCCCGCGGAGCCACCGUGCGAGCGCAAACCGAGGUGGAUGCCAUUGCGAUCCCACCGAGCGUGAUUCUUGACGCCCUGGCACUGUUUCCUGGGAUAACUGGCAGCUUCAUGGGCCGGCUCCGGGAGAUCGUGAUGCAGCUCCAGGGCAGCCUCCCGCGGCCCGCGCAGGCGCUCAAGGGCAUGCAGAUCUUCUCCAGCUGCGACCUGGCCUUCCUGCGGGCCGUCGCCUCCGUCUCGGAGCGGAAGGCAACGGCAGACGCAGAAGAUGUUGACACAGGGGAUGACGCCACGCCGGGAACGCACCAAGCAGGCGGGGGAGACAUCCGGCGGGGCAACAAAGAAGACAAACUGCGGAAGAAAAGGGAGCUCCAACGAGCGGGGGUAUACAUACCCCCGCCGCCAGCCGACGACCCUGCCUACGGGUCACACCCAUCAGUCAACCAGCAAUGGCGCGACUACCAAGCCAGACUAAAGGCAGAGCUGCAGCAACAACCGACCUUAGCAGACCUACUAAACAGCCAUAGGCAGCAGCCCGGCAGUCAACCACCGCAGCAGCAGCAGCAGCAGCCACAGCCUCCACCACCGGCAAGCACGGGGGAACCCACCCAUCCGACAGCCACGCCACCACAACAACUAACACCGCAGCAGCCACCGGAGCAAACAGUGGAGCCCACACUGGACCCCACACCACAAGCCCCGCCGCAGACAGAACCUCAGCCCGACACCACAGUGGCACGGCCCUGGCCAGCCGACGCUUUCCCCCUCCGACAGGGGAACACGCCAGCCACGUACCGCCCACCCACGCUCCCACUUGCACCCUUCACGAGCGUCACCCUCAGAAAAAGCCCGGCAGCGCACCAGUGGACAUUCACGAUCCACCCACCCCAGCCACAAGACCGAGCCAAAGCAGACAGAGCAGCGGCAGCACCAGCUAACCGGCGGCCGCCGCCGGGCCUACCCCCGGGCACAGCGGGGAACCUCACUCUUGGCACGGGGCAAAAGUGGCACAUGUUCAUUGCACGAACACCGCCGCCUAACCAUGUACGCAGCAUACCGGGCGGGCCCUACAGGACAGUACACCCCGGACAAACGCUGACGGUCACGGACGCCAACGCACCACGCAUACCCCUCCCUCGGAACGACACCCAGGGAGCACACAGCGGCAGCCAAACGACACAGCCUCAGCAGCCAACGGCGCCCAAACCGCCACCUGCCAAACCCAAACCAGAAAGGCCGCCCCCGCCGAACCAACCCAGUGGCAGUCUACGCCCGCCUCCGCCACCUGCAGGGGGGAAAGCGCAGCCAACCCAGCCACCGAUCAAGGCCCCGCCACCACCCAAACAACCGCCACCACAGACACCUGAUUCAGACUCGUCUGGCGAAGAUGACGGCGAGUACCCACCACCAGAAUCAGAUUCCGACGAUGCACAGCUCUGGCAGUUGCCGAGGGGCCCACCCAACCCACAACCACCACCACCACGAGAGACCAAUGCGGACACGCACAUCCAAGAAGCAGCUUCACACGUCCGCAGAGCACUCGACAUACUAGCAGACCCCAACACCGACAACGAUGAAGUGGCGUCCCACCUCCUCACAACCAUGCUUAUCCUCGGGUAUGACGAGGAAAACCAACCGCCGCCGCUCCUGGCGGAGACAGACGCCCCCAGCGACAGUCCACCGACACCCCAGCAGCCCCACCGUUCCGGGGAAACAGCAGCUCCCAACAACCGCCAGACCAUGCCAACACUGUCCGAGGAAGAAGCCACGGAGGAAGAAGAGGAGCAAGAGAGGGCGCUGUAUAGGUGGAGAGAAGAGGAGGAGAGACAGGAAGAAGCUUGGCAUCAAAGUGUCAUAGACAGAUACUAUAGAGAUAAAGAGGAGGAGGAAAGGCAAAAUGCGGCAGCAGAGCCACCGGCAGCAACACCAGCAGAGCGGAAAACGACGAGCGCCAGCAGCUGCAGCCUCACAAACAGAGCAAGCAACACCGACCCGGCGAGCAGCAGCAGAGAGCACCAAGAAACAGACGGCAAACAGGGGCGAGCAAGCCGGCGCAGCCCCGCGCAGGGGGAAAACCAGCAGCCACGCAAAAAGCUGAAACAAUGCACCGCCAGCAUCCGGGAAGCCAUCCGCAUUAGCAACAUGCUUGCCACCCCAGCACCGGGACAGAGGCCGCUGACCCAGGAUGAGCUGCAGCAAGACCUGGGAACGCUCCUGCAGCUCUUCCAGCAAGCGCAGAGGGAGCUGCAAACACUACGCCCCGCAACGACGGGGGCAGCCCACACUUGCAGAGGCACACGAGCGUGUGCAGAAGCCAUCGACCUUCUCCACGACAUGCUUAACGGGCCCCCCCUGGGGAAAGAUGCAACCCUCCUCGGCAACCUCCUUGCGCAGCUCGGUGCUCAAGGGGAAGUGUGCAUGGCGGCCAUGAUGGAAAGCGGAGAAGAAGGGCAGAUCCAGUCAGAGGCGGAGCAGAAAGUGCACCCAGCCGACGUUCUAGGCCUGGCGGCAGGGGGAGAAGACACGCAUGCGGGGAGGAAACAAGGGACCGGCAGCCAAUCGCUACAACAAGCCAGACAGCAACUGGUGCACGUGAUGCCCUUCUUGGAGACCAACCAGGCCAGCAUGGUGCAAGAAGCCAUUGGACACAUGGACGCAUGGCUCGGCAUGAUGUUCGGGGCAUCCACCGUCAUGGUGGAAGACAGUCAAGACAGUGCAGGGCUGGCGACAGGCUCGGAGGGCAACCAAGGCAACGUGAACGGGGAACACUCAGCGCAGGGGCCCCCGAUGGGGGAAAGUGGGCAACCUCAAAAUGCGGGGGAGCCAAUCACGCAAGUCUUCUUUGCUGGCGACCAGGUUAGAGAGGAGGGAAUUAUGGACGACACGCUGCGGGUCAUCGAGUUUGGCCGAUGCCGUGUUGAGCGUCGGAGUGAAGGUGGUCGCGGCGUGGAGUUCUGCGGCUACUGCGAUGUGGGCACCGUGCUGGGCGAGCGCAGGUUCUUCAACAUGCCAUCCAUGUGGCCAGAUGCAACCUUCCGGAUUGCCACGCCGUUGGCUCUCCUCCUCUUCAUCCCGAGGCAGUCUUUCAACGGCGUGCUAGACAACUACCCCUCGGAGCAGCAGAGGUUCCGGUUGGUGAAGGAAAACUCGAAGACGGAUGGGGGGAAUGCGAAGAGAGAGCACGACGCGGCCAGCCUGACGAUUCUGCAGGGGUGUGGGCCCGGCUUCCUCCAAGCCAUCGCAGGCUGCAUUCGGACGGUGACCUACAAGAUUGGCCAGACGAUCACUGUUCAAGGUGCAGUUGAUUCUGGCUCAAUGUAUAUCAUCAAAGGCGGAUCGGCCGAGGUGUUCGUGAACCAUCGCUACGUCAAGGAUGUCCACGCGGGCGACAGCUUCGGGGAGCUCACCAUCCUUGGAUUCGUGAAGCGGCGGAGUGCUGUGGUGCGCGCGAAGGAGAUCUGCAUUGUCCUGGAGAUGCCAAGAGCGGCUUUCAUUGCAGCGUUGGAGGACCACCCGGAGGAACAAGAGCACUUUCAGAAGAUCGGACGUCAACAUGGCGUCGUGGUCUCGAGCACCCAGUGGCCCUUGUUCGUUGGUGCCUCGCAGAAGCUUCUGUCCCUGAUCAACCUGUAUGCCAGGAAGCACAUCACUGCCAAGGGGCUCUGGUCCACGUUCAACGGGGAGCAGCUUCCAGAGCAGGCGGCCAUCCUCGUGCUCCGUGGGGAGAUUCGCAUGAUCACCCCGGACAAGGGCGAGCUGGUCUUCGUGGAAGGCACCUGCUUCAACGAGCAGCUUUUGUUCGGGCUUCCGCCUCUGGAGGGCCGACUGCAGCCACAAGGGAACUGCGAGGUCCAGAUCAUGACGGCUGAAAUCUUCGACCGGGUCGUGUCGGAGUGCCCCAAUGAGCGUGACUUCAUCAUGCAGCGCAUCGUCAAUGAGAUCGCCCGCAAAGCAGAGCAAAGCAUCGGCUUCCAGCGAGGAGACUUGGGUGGAGCGCUGGUCCUCUCCACGGUCAUCCAGGUCGCCGCGGACGAGUUCGCGGACCAGCUCCGGAAGCGGAUCGACGCCCGGAUCUACGAGCCGGGGAUGCUCCUCACCGAUGCCGGACAAGAAGGAGACUGCAUGUUUGUGCUGGUGGAGGGCGAGGCCGAGAACGAGGGCGAUGGCACUUGCCGUGGCCGGGCGCUUCGGCUGAAGUCCGGCAGCGUCAUCGGAGAGUCGGUACUUCUCGGCGUGGCGCGCACGCAUCCAAACCGGAUCCGCGCGGUGACGCGCUGCAUCGCGCUGGCCCUGACGCGAGUAGCUGCCGUGCAGGUGCUGGAAGAAUUUCCUUCGCAUGUCGAGUUGUACAGCCACAUGUCUUCGGCGAACCCCGAGCAAAUUGAGCCGAGCAAGAGCGCACUGGACCUACAGGAGCACUUGCACAGGAGCCGUGCGUUUUCCAACGUCAGCAAGGACUUCUUGUCCGUGGUGUGCGAGCGAGCCGACGAGGUCUACUUCGGUCCUGGUGACGACAUCUUUCGGCGCGGCGAGGUGUGCAAGCUUGGCGAAGCCAUCAUGCAACUCGGCGGCCGCUCUUUCCUUUGCUCACUCAACUCACAGCUCACAAACUCGGCUGCCAGCAGACCGGCAAAGCCAACCGUACGGUACAUCUUGCUGCAGGGCGCGGCCAUCGUCGAAGGAGAGUACGGCGAUGAACUCGGCAGGCUAAACCCUGGAGACGUGGUGGGCGAGGGUGGUGCGCUGGGCAUCGCACCGAUCCGCGGUGCGACGGUGCGUGCUUGGCGCGACACUCUGGUCCGUGCUGUGCGCUUGCAUGGGAGUUCCAUCCAGAGGGCCAUCACCGCCUUCCCCGACGAGUAUGAAUCCCUUCAGGCCAUCUUCCAGAAGCGGGCGUCCGCGAACAAGGAAGUGGAGCGCGUGAGGCAGAAGUGGUUGCAAGAGCAAGUCAUCCCAGCGCUGAAUAAGUGUCGCAUUUUCAACGGCUUCCCGGAGCACAUCAUUCGGAAGAUCGCCGAACACCUGCUCCAGGCGACCUACUCAAGUGGCCAAAUCGUGUGCGUGGCGGGCAAUGGGGCAGAUUCCAUGAUCAUCUUCCUGAAAGGCGAGGGCGAGGUUCACACGAAAUCAGGAGAUCUCAUCGGCACCAUCACACCUGGCGCGAUGAUCGGAGAGGUCUCGGUGCUUGGGCUCUUCCCGUGGCGAACUGCCACGAUACGCAGCUUGGCUCCAGAGCUACGACCAACGCUGAUGCAGCGUCUCGGCUUCACAAGGGCAGAAUCUGCCCGUCUGUGGCUGUACCGCGUCCAAGGCUUGUGCAUGCUUGUGUUGAUCACCGCCAACCUGAUCACAAGGAUCUUGCAGGGGGAGGAUGCGAGCGAGGCCCGAGCGCGCUUCGAGGCGUUGCGGCAGGAGAGGAACAAGGUAUGCCGCUGCCGCUUGGACAAGCAUGUACACCGCAAGGGGCGCCAUCUACAUAUUGCAAACGUGUAUUUCCUGUCCCAUGUUGGCAGCGCCUUGGCAAGGCCCCUGUACUCCGGGCACCAAGUCGUCUCGCUUUGUGGCAUCUUGUUUCAGGGCAUACUGCUCUUCAGCGCGGGCCCGGUGAACCCGCUGAUCCCGGAGCAUGUCGCACAGGACUACGGUGCAACCUUGCAUGCUGCCACCCCAUGCGAGGCCUACCGGGUGAGUCUCUAUGACAUCCUCCUGGCGACGCACUGUGUGAGAGCGAAGUGGUACAAGCACUUUGAGAAGUUGCUCGAGGAGACUCAGGUGAAGGUUCGACUGAAGCUGCAGGGAGCCCGCUCCAUUCAGACCAUGAAGCUCAAAAAGUGCCGCACGGAGAGCACCCUGAACUCGCGAGUCGCCACCAAAGACGAGGAAGGCGACAAGCAGAAGCAAAUGGGCCUGGAAUUUGUGGCGCAGGUGAUCCCCUUCAAGAAGACCCGGGCGCGACUUGUGGGCGACCGGCUGCUGAAGCUGCGAGAGGAGCCUGGUUUGUACGCCUACAAAGCUUCCGGCGGAAGCGAGUCUACGCCCAAGUUGCCUCUGAUCAUGAGCAAGGCGAAGACGGACCAAUGA